CCACCCCUCCCCAUCCUUGGUCCCGGCAAUGGCCUUUGCAUCGCCCGGUGCGCUUGUGACUGACUUGGACCCGCAAUAUUAAGACCCACUAGCUUCGUCCCCAUCCCGGCGGCACCGACUCCUUCGGGCUCCUACCUGCUGCCCUUCUGCACCCUGCCGCCUCGGGGGCACCAUGGACCAGAGCGGGAUGGAGGAUCCUGUGACCCUCGUCAUUAAGGCACCGAAUCAGAAAUACAGUGACCAGACCAUUAGCUGCUUCUUGAACUGGACCGUGGGGAAACUAAAAACGCACCUCUCUAACGUGUACCCUAGCAAACCAUUGACGAAGGAUCAGAGAUUGGUGUAUUCGGGCAGACUGCUUCCCGAUCAUCUGCAGCUGAAAGACAUUCUCAGAAAACAAGAUGAGUAUCAUAUGGUCCAUCUAGUGUGUACUUCCCGGACUCCUCCUCCCAGUUCUCCAAAGACCAGCAGCAGUAGAGAAGGUCGCGAAGCGUUGGCAUCCAGCAGCAGUUCUAGUUCAGAUCAGUCAGGAUCAAGAACUCCAUCAUCCAGUCAAGAAACCUUGCCGUUAGCUGUCAGUUCUUCCUCAGAAGGACUGAGGCAGCGUUCCCUUCCCCAAGCACAGACCGACCCCGCACAGAGUCAUCAGUUCCCAUACGUAAUGCAAGGAAAUGUAGACAACCAGCUUCCCGGACAAGCUGUUCCAGCCGGAUUCCCAGUGUACCCCGCGUUCAGCCCAUUGCAGGUGCUGUGGUGGCAGCAGAUGUAUGCUCAUCAGUAUUAUAUGCAAUAUCAAGCUGCAGUUUCAGCUCAGGCCACAUCAGAUGCCACCCCUGCCCAGCCUGCGCCUUCACAGCCUCUAAAUUUGGCACGUCUUCCUGGAGAAGAACCUCCACCAGCUCCCAACUUAGUGGCCCGAGAAAAUCGACCCAUGAAUGAGAAUGUUCAGAUGAAUGCCCAGGGAGGCCCGGUGCUAAACGAAGAAGACUUCAAUCGAGACUGGCUGGACUGGAUGUAUACGUUCUCACGAGCCGCCAUCCUCCUCAGCAUCGUGUACUUCUAUUCCUCUUUCAGUCGCUUUGUCAUGGUCAUGGGAGCCAUGCUACUGGUUUAUUUACACCAAGCUGGAUGGUUUCCUUUUAGGCAAGAAGGAGGUCAGCAGCAGGCCCCCAACAAUAAUGCUGAAGUUAAUCAUGGGCAGAAUGCAGACAACCUAGAACUUGAAGAAAUGGAGCGUCUCAUGGAUGAUGGGCUUGAAGAUGAGCAUGGAGAAGAGGCGGGUGAAGACGGCAGUGCACUCCACAGGCCUGGACUCAUGGCAUCCGCUUGGGCUUUCAUCACCAGCUUCUUCACUUCACUCAUACCAGAGGGGCCUCCCCAGGUCGCCAAUUAGAUCUGAAAACUCUGCCAGCUGCAAAGGAAGGUCUGGCUUUAGGAACGUGACUUAAAUAACAGUGCAAUUUCAAAAAAAUUUAUUACUUCCUUUUCAUCAUCAUGUACAGAGGUUUUUUUUCUUUAAGCUUCUCAUGCAUAUGAAUAGUUUAAGCACAAAUGAACUACUAAAUGUGUGAUUAAAAAAAGAAAUCCUAACAGAACAUAGCACAACAA